AUGGAUUGGCAAUAUGGUGAGAGGGAGCCAACAAGCAAGAGUAGCUCCUCGGUGUACUCCGUUGAUCAUCUAAAUGCCAUCAACAAUUUGUCUUCACAAAUCUCAAAUCUAGGGAAGGAGAUGUCUUCGAUCAAAGCCAAAUUGGAGAGUGCCUCUUCGCAAGCGCCUAUUCUUCCUUCCAAAUUUAAGGGAAGAGGUACAUCUUUUAACUCUAAUCCUCUUUCUUCCUCUAAUAACAUGUCUAGUGGAUGCUUGUCUUGUGAUGUGUGUGGUUCAUAUGAUCAUGAUGCCUCUAAUUGCCCUCAUGCUUUUCCGGAUGGAUGUUAUGAUUUAGAUAGUAAUGAGAAUGAGCAUGUGAACUAUGUGUCUAAUAACAAUAAUGGACCAAGGACAGAAUGGCUCGGACAAGAAAAAACGGUUGUUGACCCCUGGUACAAAUCAGAUGAUUCAGCCGGAACUCCGGUUGAAGAUGUUCCUUUUGACCAACCGGGCGUCCUGAGUACGCCCGGUGAUGAGAUUCUUGAAGAAUCCGGGAGCUCAAGCGGUGACGAAAUUGAUCAGGAAGCCGGAUCUACUAAGUCUACCAUGACACCGGAUGCCCCUCAAGAUAAUGAGGAGGCAUAUAAUUGGCCUUCAAUAAAUAAUCCAUUGGAGGCGCACAUGAGCGCCCGGGAUGUUGUGACGCUAAACGCAACACUCUUGACAUUUUUGGAGAAGCGCCCGAAAGGACUAGAAAUGACUCCUCCGGAAGAGACUCCAGCUAAGUCAACUGCCGAGAUAAGGAAGGAGCAGCUUGAACAAAAACGAGCCCAACUUGCGGCCCGAACGAGCGGGACGGGGAGCCAGAACAUUCUUCGCUCCUUGCGUCAGAUAGUGAGAAGACCGGGAGAGGAACUCUCUCAGCCUGCUUCUCAUAGGCUAAGGGUCUCAGGCGGCUCUGCGCCAACCUCAGCCGGUGGAGUUCCGGCUCCAGGUAGACCCACAACAGCAGGCAAGAGUCUUCAGAGCCUGGGCUUAAGCUCAGGUCCGGCUGGGGUAGGAUCUAGGGAGCCUGAGGCUCCUUCUAGCCAGUUGCUUGCUAUUGCAUCCGGCUCUAAUGCGGCUGGGGGUGGUGGCACCCCUCAGCUUGAUAACCAAGAUACUGCUUCUCGUUGGCCAGAUAUGCAAAACUACGCCAAGAGAAUGCUGACCCUCACCCGGUCCAAGAGGGAGGUUGUGCCGGGUAUCAACCAGGUCAACCUUGACCGGAUCACCUCACUACUGGCUGAGGCUCUGAAGGAUGCUGAGAAGGAGAGAGCUCGGUUGAAGGAUGAAGUCACCCGGCUGAGGGAGGAGCUGGACAAGACUAAGAAUGAGCUGGUUAAGUCCAUGAAGGAAGCUCUAGACCAUCUGUCGGCUGAGCAGACCCGGCUGGUCACCGAGAAUGAGCGUGACUGCGAAGCACGCAUGAAGAUGGCAUGGUCCAUGAUCCACCCGGACACCGACUAUGCCUUCUUCGACUUGAGGUACAAAUACGGAACAGAGGUAUUUGAUGCCCAAGUACUCGGGCUUAAGCAGCCGGCGCCCUUCGAGAAGUGGGCCGACAUAGGGGAUGAGCAGGCAGAGGAAGAAGUGCCGGGUGGGGAAAAGGAAACCCAACCCCAGCAGACCCAGGAUGCCCCUAAUGCCGGUCAGGGCCAGCAGCCGGAGCAACAGCAACAACAGCAGCAACAGCAGCAGUAG